UAGACUAAAACCCCACCGUUACUUCGUGUUUUUGAUUCCGUUGGCCGAUCCGCCCACCGAUUCCUCGGCAUGGCCGCGCUCCCAGCUUUCGCCUGCGGCUGCCUCGUCGCCGGUCCCUCUCUCCGGCGGACUCCCGGGGGUCAAGCCUCUCCGUCACCUUCGUUGGCGGUGACGGCGCCGCGUCCGUCCAGCUUCCCGACACUGAAGGCCGUCCGCGGGCGCGGGAGAUGGGGGUGGGCAUCGGCGUGCUCGACGUCGUUCCCGAGGCUGGGGAGGGACGGGUGGCAACGGAGGGAGGGCAGCGCCUCUCUCCUCUCCUUCGGGGCGGGCCCCGGGGAGCUCCUCGGUGGCAACGGAGGAGGCGCCGACCAGGCCGCCGGCGACCCAUCCCAGGGCCUGUCGUUGCUGCUCCCCUUCGUCGUCGCCGCCACUGCAGUCGCCGCCCUCGCCAAUCCCGCCACGUUCUCCUGGGUUUCGAAAGAAUAUUAUGCCCCUGCUCUGGGAGGUAUUAUGCUAUCCAUUGGUAUCAGGCUAUCUAUUGAUGAUUUUGCUCUUGCCUUCAAGAGACCUUUACCUUUAUCUGUUGGAUAUAUUGCACAAUAUGUGCUGAAGCCAGUAUUAGGCCUGUUGAUUGCGAAGAUAUUCAGAGCACCUUCUAUGUUCUAUGCUGGCUUUAUCCUUACUUGCUGUGUUGCGGGUGCACAACUCUCAAGUUAUGCUAGUUUCCUGAGCAAGGGUGAUGUGGCCUUAAGCAUUCUACUAACCAGCUCAACAACAAUCUCUUCUGUACUUAUGACACCACUUCUUACUGGCCUUCUGAUUGGCUCUGUGGUCCCAGUAGAUGGAGUUGCUAUGUCCAAGUCCAUUUUGCAGGUUGUACUUGUUCCUGUUGCUUUGGGCCUUGUUCUCAACACUUACGCAAAGGCUGUUGUGAACUUUAUCCAACCUAUAAUGCCCUUUUUCGCGAUGGUUUGCACCUCACUAUGCAUCGGAAGCCCCCUUGCUAUUAAUCGGAACCAGAUCUUGUCUUCACAUGGUCUCAUGUUGCUUUUUCCAAUAUUGACAUUUCAUCUUGUUGCCUUUGUGUUGGGUUACUGGUUUGCCAAAUUUCCAUUUUUUAGGCAAGAAGAGUCAGUUUGCAGAACGAUUUCACUGUGCACAGGGAUGCAGAGCUCCACCCUUGCUGGGCUUCUUGCUACACAGUUUUUGGGAAGCACUCAUGCAGUUCCUGCUGCAUGCUCAGUCGUUCUGAUGGCCAUAAUGGGUUUAUGUCUUGCAUCAUUUUGGGGAAACGGAUCACGGAUUAGAGACAUCGCUUUGCUGAUUUGACCCCAAACAUGUUCAGAUAUCAACCCUUGAAUUUCCAUAGAGUGCGAUCUUGACCCAUUCAGAAAGUGGCACCCCUUAAGCUCUCCAUAUUGAUCUGGAAGCAAAACAGGAAAACAUGUGAACAUGACUACAAUAUGUUGAUGGUAUCAGAAAGAUCUCAACGUUCCAAUAUCUGGUUGCAAACAUAUGGUGGAAGCUGUCUGGCAUUGUGAUAGUAAAGGUGAAUACUGCAUGUGGUUGAGAAGCUUCACGGGAAAAGGCCAUGAGGGGCUCAGUAUUGGCACCACAAUCUUCUUUGUAAUUAUCUCAUGGCAUAUAUAUAUAUAUAUAUAUAUAUAUAUAUAUAUAUGACCAAAGCCUUGCUCAAAUAGGGUUAGAAGUCCAUGCUUAUAGAAUUUGAGAUGUAACAUUCUGUUGCCGAUUUGGUGUUAAUGUAAUAGCGCAAUGAUCAAUAUUCCGACACAGUUCGCAUGAUUCA